CACGCCUUUCUCGACGGCGUGAGCCUAUUACCCAUGGGACUGCUUUUGGAGACGCCUAUAGGUGCGUUGGCCUUGAGCCUGCGACCUCAAUAAGACUGCAUUUCUGUCUAAUAAAGCAUCUGCUGCUCUUUUCUUCAAAGUGAUACAUCAACUACAGACCUUCCCUUUACUUUAUCUGUUAGAAUUAUACCCUUGUGUUUGGACCCAUCAUUUUAUAACAAUCGUUGAUUUUUUUUUGUACUUGUUAUCAUUAUGCCUUCUGCAACUAGCAACGGCAUUCGAAUUGCUAUUGAUCGUGGCGGUACUUUCUGUGAUUUCUGGGCCCGUAUCGCUGGCCGUGAGGACGAUGUUAUAUUCAAGUUACUCUCAGUAUCUCCAGAUGAAUACCCCGAUGCGCCUAGUGAGGGCAUCCGCCGAAUAUUAGAGAUUGCCAGUGGCAAGCCCGUUCCUCGUGGCCAGAAACUCGACUUGUCGACCGUCGAGUCCAUUCGCAUGGGCACAACAGUGGCCACAAAUGCUCUUCUAGAAAGAAAAGGCGAACGGGUAGCCCUUCUCAUCAGCAAAGGAUUUCGUGACUUGCUCAUAAUUGGCAACCAAGCACGCCCGCACAUCUUCGACCUUUCCGUGCGCAAGCUGGACCGACUGUACGAAAAAGUCAUUGAGAUUGACGAGCGAGUGACUAUUGAAGGAUUCGCCGAAGAUCCGGAGCCCAAGCCCAUCGACACUUCAACCGACCCUGAUUUGGUGGAGGGUCUGACUGGAGAGGCAGUCCGCAUCCUGAAAAGGCCCGACUAUGACCUUGUUCGUAAGCAACUCGAGGAGCUUUGGAGCCAGGGGUUCCGCAGCUUGGCGAUUGCCUUGAUGCAUUCCUAUGCCUUCAAUGAUCACGAAACGGCCAUUGCCGAAUUGGCUCAGGAGAUGGGUUUCAAAGUGGCAGUGUCUUCUCUGCUGCAGCCCCAAAUUAAAAUCGUACCACGAGCCCAGUCGGCCACCGCUGACGCCUACUUGUCUCCAAUCAUCCAAGACUACCUUGACGGAUUCCGCGAUUGCUUCAAGGAAGGAUUCAGUGGCUCUGAUGCAAACAAAUUGCUCCUCUCACAGUCAGACGGCGGACUGACAUCCUCCAAUAAGUUUACAGGCCUCCGAGCCAUUCUCUCCGGCCCCGCUGGCGGUGUCGUGGGAUGUGCUCGGACUUGCUAUGAUGAGGCAGAAGGUACCCCCGUUCUGGGCUUUGAUAUGGGGGGUACCAGUACUGAUGUGUCGCGAUAUGGUGGUGUUUUUGAACAUGUGUUUGAGAGCACUACCGCCGAAGUCACCAUUCAAAGCCCUCAGCUUGAUAUCAAUACCGUUGCAGCAGGAGGCGGCUCCAUGCUGUUCUGGAAGAAUGGGCUGUUUGUUGUCGGGCCAGAGUCGGCGGGAGCUCACCCUGGGCCAGCAUGUUAUGGCAAAGGUGGACCUUUGACGAUUACUGACGCAAACUUCUUCCUUGGACGUAUUCUGCAAGACUACUUUCCUCGUCCUCUAGACUACGACUCUGUGCAAAAACAGAUGCUGCAUCUGACCGAUCAAGUAAAUGCCGAGAAGGUGGGCGGGGCAAAGCUAACCCCAGAGGAGGUGGCCAUGGGAUUUCUCCAAGUCGCCAAUGCUGCCAUGACACGGCCCAUCCGGACCUUGAGCGAGGGACGCGGAUUUGAGACUUCUUCGCAUAACCUGGCUUGCUUUGGAGGAGCAGGUGGUCAGCAUGCUACUGCAGUGGCUCGGGAUCUUGGAAUUCGUCGCGUGUUGAUUCAUCGGCUUUCGAGUAUUCUCUCUGCCUAUGGCAUGGCUCUUGCCGACGUUGUUGUCGAGGUCCGAGAGCCAGAGGCAGUGGCGUAUGAUGAGUCGACGAUACAGAGAAUUCGCACACGUCUUGAUGGUCUCUGUGCCAAGGCAACAGAGGGCCUUGUUAGCCAAGGCUUUCAGCCUCAUCAGGUAUCGCAUGAGUGCUUCUUGAACAUGCGUUACCGUGGAAGCGACACCGCUCUUAUGAUUCCUGAGCCCGAAGACGGGACAAAAUUUGACGAAGCGUUUGUGGCCCGGCAUCAGCGAGAAUUCGGUUUUACCCAGCCGCGAGAAAUCCUUGUGGAUGAUCUUCGGGUGCGAGGUAUCGGAAAGGGAGUAGAAGUGGAACAGUCUAGUCCGUUUGAACAGCUUCGGGGUCUAAAGCCAAUUUACAUCGACGCUGCUGAGGCCUCAAGUGUCCAAAAGGUCUAUUUUGAGAAUGAAGGGUGGAUGGAGACUCCCAUCUUUCAUCUUGCCAAACUGACGAGAGAUCGCAAAAUCCGUGGACCGGCCAUGAUCAUCGACGAAACACAGACAAUCGUGCUGGAUCCUGCUAGUGAAGCCACCAUACUACAGGCGCAUGUUAUCAUUGAGCUCCUCGACACGAGCAAGUCUAAACUUGGCACUAAGAACGUUGACCCUAUUGCACUUUCCGUCUUUGGCCACAGAUUUAUGAACGUAGCUGAGCAGAUGGGCCAGACAUUCCAAAAGACAUCAAUCUCGACUAAUAUCAAAGAGCGUCUGGAUUACAGCUGUGCCGUCUUCUCCAAGGAGGGCGGGCUGGUCGCCAACGCGCCGCAUAUUCCAGGACAUCUUGGUUCGAUGAGUUAUGCAAUUGCCUACCAAGCACGUAAAUAUCCCAAGGGCCAGCUGAAGCCAGGCGAUGUGCUUCUCUCGAACCACCCUUCUUCUGGCGGCACGCAUCUGCCGGACCUGACCGUUACCACACCGGUCUUUGACCCUGACGACCCAGAAACCAUUCUGUUCUUUGUUGCCAACCGUGGACACCACGCCGACAUUGGCGGCAUCACUGCAGGCUCCAUGCCACCAAACUCGACUGAGCUGUGGCAAGAAGGAGCUGCAGUGGACUCAUUCAAGCUGGUCAAGGAAGGGGUCUUUGACGAAGAAGGCGUGACCAAGAUCCUGUACCACGACCCAGCACAGUACCCUGGAUGCAGUGGUACCCGCACUCUCAAGGACAACAUUGCCGACCUCAAGGCGGCGAUUGCGUCUAACCACCGUGGCAUCCAUCUGAUCACCGCGUUAGUCCGCGAGUACACCUGGCCGGUCGUGCAAUUCUACAUGGACGCCAUCCAGAAGAAUGCCGAAGCCAGCGUGCGCGAUCUCCUGCGUAAAUUCAGCAAGCGCUUCCAAGGCCAGCCUCUUGAAGCAGUCGACUACCUCGACGACGGCACGCCACUUGCGCUCAAAAUCACCAUUGACGGCGAGACCGGCUCGGCCAAGUUUGACUUUACCGGCACGGGGCCGGAAGCGUACAAUAACCUCAACACCCCACCGGCCGUCAUGUACAGCGGUAUCAUCUACUGUCUGAGAUCCAUGAUUUCGUCCGACAUUCCGCUGAACCAGGGCUGCUUGAGCCCCAUUGACAUUUACUGUCCGCCCAACACGAUUCUCUCUCCGAGCCUCAAAGCCGCGACGGUGGGAUCCAACGUCGAGUCAUCCCAGCGCAUCGUCGACCUGGUAUUCAAAGCCUUUCGCGCAGCCGGCGCCAGCCAGGGGACAUGCAACAAUCUCACCUUUGGCUACGGCGGGAAUACCUCCUCCUCCCCCUCCUCUUCAUCAUCCAAAGAUAACAGCAGCGACCGCAAAGGAUUCGGCUACUACGAGACCAUUGCAGGCGGUGCUGGCGCGGGCGCCAACUGGGACGGCCAAAGCGGCGUCCACACGCACAUUACCAACACGCGCAUGACCGACCCAGAGACGUUUGAGAAGCGGUAUCCGGUCCUCCUGCGCGAAUUCUCCAUCCGGCACGGCAGCGGUGGCAAGGGCCGCCACCCGGGCGGCGACGGCUGCAUUCGCGACAUUGAACUGCGCUUGCCCAUGCAAGUCAGCAUCCUGUCUGAGCGGCGCGUUAUUGCUCCCUACGGCAUGGCUGGCGGCGAGGAAGGCCAGCGAGGCAGGAACUUGUGGAUCCGCAAAGAUCCGUUUGACGCAACGACACGGACGAUUAGCCUCGGCGGAAAAGCGACUGUCAUGAUGAACAAGGGUGAUCGGAUCAUCGUACAGACUCCUGGCGGUGGUGGAUACGGCAGGCCUCUUGGGUCGCAGUCCAUUGUUCCAGGUGAUGUUGAGGAAGUGAUGGAUGAUGAGAAGGUUGAAGCGUAUAUUCGACCCCCGCAUCUGUUUCAUGCGCGUGCGUCGGGGAGUGUGGUGGAGCGGCAGUUGCAGGCCACGAGUAAUUAAUCUUGUCGUUUUUACUUGUCGGUUUUAUCGUCUUAUAUCUUUACUUGUCGUUUAUUGUCUUUAUUGUCUUAUAUCUUUUGUCGUCUUUAUACUCUCUUAUAUCUUUUUCUUCUCAUUUGUCGUCUCUUUUCUUCUUACUGUAUAUAUCUAGAUUAGGUAUCACAUCUCCAUCUCUCUGUUUGUGCAUGUACAUGUAUAUGUGCAACAGUGUAUGUUCCUACUGCCUGCCUGCCUGCCUGUCUCCUUGUUCGCUGGGUCAGACCAAUGCCAUUGCUUAUCCAAUCUAUAUCUGUAUCUGACCUGUAUCCAAUCUAUAUCUGUAUCCAACCUGUAUCCAAUCAAUGUGCAAUCCAUGUACAAUCUGUGUGCAAUCUGUGUACAAUCCUUCUCCAGUCUAUCUGUAAUCCAUCUACAAUCUAUACCUAACCCAUACU